GCAGUAGCAACUCGUCGGAUUCGUUGCGCGUUUAAAUUUCGCGAAUUUACCCCCAACGCACGUACAAUUAAAAUCAAACCAGAAGAAAAAAAAAACAAAUAAAAUGCGGUGCGGUUUAAAGAAAUAAAUUUUCGAAACGUUUUUUGAAACAAAAAGUGCAGUUAGCACAACGACAAAGUGAGAGAAAUAUCUAGGAGUGCAGUAAAUAAAAUAAAACACACACUUCAAAAUGUCGACAGUUGUGGAACAGGCUGCCACAGCGGGCACACCGAAAACAGCAGAGAUAUCGAGUGGCGGAGGGGCUGCCACUGCAACUGCAACUGGAAAAUCAGCAAUAUCCACGGCUAUAUGUGCCACGCCCCCCUCGACUUCCGCCCCCGCAACAGCGGAAAUUGAGCAACUGCAACAGGCAUUAAUCGAGAAGCAAACCCAGCUAUAUGCCCUGGAAUCGGCUUGUCUGAGGGAAACGGAACGGCAAGUGGAACUCGAGGAUAGUGUGAUUGCGUGGCAGGACAAGUACGAUCGGCUGUACGAAUCGCACAAGCGGGUUCAGAAGGUCAAUCAGAGUCUGGAGGACAAGAUGCUCAAGCUGGUGGAUCGGAAUGCCGGCGAGAGGGCCCAACUAACCAGCGAUGUGGCCACCUUGAGUGUGAGACUCGCCCAGGCGAACUUCAACAUCGCCAAGCUGCAGAGGGAAAUCGAACGCUACAAGGCCGACAUUAGCCUGGCCAUCCAAUUGCUGCAGUGCAAGCCGGAUAGUUUUGUGUCCCAAAAAGUGUCAUCGCUACCCAUUGAUAUUCAAUCGAAGGUGUCGGCGUACAUGAGAUUGGAAACGAACUCCCAUUCCGAUUCCGAGUGCAGCAAUAGCGGAGUGGGCGUGGCCACCACAGCUUCCUAUAAAGUGCUUCCGGCCUCCGAUUCGCCGCCCCCCUCCGCCUGCCCCUUCCCGCCGACGGCCAUGGUUUACUCGAUGAGGGGAAUCGGUAGGUAUGCUGCCAAUGGGAAUGCGGCCACAAAUCCUCAACAGCAGUCAAAUCAACCCACUAAUAACAAUACCAGCAGCAACAACAAGGACACACUUAACAACAACAAUAAUAACAAUAACAACAACAGCAGCAUUAAUAAAUGCAACAAUCAAACUAAUACAAAUAUUAGCAAUAAUAAUGCAAAUCAAACAGCAACUAAUCCCGACAUGAUAUCGCCCACAAUAAUGGCAAAAUUUCUAGAGGACGAGCUGAAGGCCAAUGAGGUGAAACACUGCGAUACGUGUCAGUGCAGCAAACAGGAUCUGCAGGUCCUGGCGGAUGUAUCUCGUUCCUAUUCGGUGGCCACCCAGACGCCCCAUCAAUUGCAGCUCCAAGGAUCGGGAUUGAACGAACCGCUGACCCAACUUUGUCUAAGAUGUCAUAGCAAUCUCAACUCCCCGUCGCGAACUAACAGUCCGUAUAUGAUGAAGAUGGUCAAAUCCAGUGAUUCUGUAAUAUCGGAGACGAAGAGUUCUGUUUCUGAUCUAAACGACAUGGACAAGUUGUUUACGCCGGCCAAAAAGGAUGACCUGAUGGUGAAUCCCAUAUUGGGACAUCAUAGACUCUGCGAAAGAACCGCGAUUUCGGGUCAAAAUGGGGAGUAUGGCAAUGGAAAGCUAACCACCUCUACAAUGAUGUAUCCAACCACUCAUCUGGGGGCCUAUGCUGCCGAAAAGUACCUCCUGGAGACGAGUAAUCUUGGCCAGCUGAGGAAUGGCUAUCAAAGAAGGUUUUUGGAUGGCGGAGGAACUGCACUGCAGCUCUUGAAUAAAUAUGAAGCAAGUGCAGUGGGAGUUGUCCCAGAUGAACUGGAGGAUGAGUCCAGUAAACCUCUGUUGUCGGGUGUUUCGCAGCCCAGUCUUUUGGAAUCGGAACAGGCAAAUCCUGCCCAGCAAUCCGUGGCUCCUGUUAAACUGGAAGAUGUCUGCGAACCGCCGCCUAGUAAGCCAGUUGCUCCAGUGGCUCCUCCAGGAAAUCCAGCUGCAGCUGCUCCUUCGGGAACUCAACUGAAGUCUGCGAAUUCAGGAAGUGUCCAGAGUCUGUGGAGCAACAAAACCAGUAGCUGCGAGGGGGCCAAAAUGUUCGAGACCUUCAACAGGAAUCUUAUAAAAACGAUCAAGGCGGAGAAUCCCAAAUACCGAGGACCACGCCUGUGCGCCAUGCGAAUCCAGCAAAAUGGCCAGAGCAACAUCCUGCUGGACAACCUGGAGUCCAUAGAGACCUACACACCAGUGAUCUACAAGCGACGGGAGAAGCUACUGGAUGAAGAGCUCAACGAUGGCAAGGACAUCAUCACCAGCAAGGAGAGCAAUGCCCAGUCGGCGGUGGAAGCCUGGCAAGGACCUGCUGCCCCCCAUGAGAAUGUGGCUCUCCAACCCGUUCUAGAACCCCAAGUGGAAAUCCCUGAAGUAGAACCAGUCGAGACGAAACCGGGAGAACCAGCUACAAAUCCCGGGGUGAAUUCGCCCAAACACUCGGCAAACUCGAGUUCUAUAAGCGAUGUCAUUGACUAUCAGGAAAGUGUCCUUCUCAGACGCCAGCAGCUCAGCAGAGUGGCCGAAUGGGUUCAGCAUAAUACCCAGCAAUUGGAGCAGAGGAAUCUCCAGCAGGCUCCGCCAACCAGUGACUCGAAUUCGGGUACCGAAAGGCAAUCCUCGUACUCCACACUGGAUCGCAUGGACUCCAUAUCCAUAGAGAAGCUCUCCAUGGAUUCGGGCUAUAAGACCACACCGCAACAACUAACGAAUGGUUACCCGGAGAAGUCCACAGAGGAUUCGCUAUCACCGAAAACGGAUAUUACUAGCAAUUCCCUAACGGAAAAUCCAACGGGAACCGAAGUGCCGGUGAAGAAAACGGAAAUGUGCACCACUUAUUAUAGGAGAACCACCAGAUCGGGAUUACCGGUGGCAUAUACCACCGUUUCGGGAGCCCCAGCUGAUGCGACUACUGCCGGCGGAGAGUCCACUUCCUCCGGUUCCGAGGCUCUCAUCUGUCCCGAACAGCCCACGUGUGAUAUUCUGAACUACAAAUACUAUCCAAAUGAUACGGACAAAACGCGAUCCGUUCAGGCAGAGCUGCACACGACCACCCAGAAUGUGGACAUAGCCCAGAUGGAGUACAAUGUGAAGCAGUUUCUUCUCAAGCAGAACGAAUGGUCCAUGAAUGGAGGAGGAUCGGGAUCGGGAAAUGGAGCAAAUCCCGGAGUGAUUCUCCAAGGAUCUGGAGCAGCAGCUCGAAUGCUGCAGCGCAGGAUUUUGGGUCCCGGAGUGGGUGAGCGGGUCAGGAUGGCCACUCCCGGAGGAGCUGUGGCCACCAAGGCCACCGCCACCGCCACCACCACCACCCAGUCAUCCAACAUCCUGCCACCCCACAGAACUGAAACGAAUUUAUAAGCAAACGGGGUCAAGGAAUUCGCAUCCAACACACAUCCAAAGAGGAAACCAAACUGUAUUCUAGUCUAGUUUUGCUAUACCCUUAGUUCAUAUUCCACGGUCUAUAUAAAUACGAUAUAGCAAUGCUUAAGUUGGGUGAGGGGUUCUCAAACAAAAAGAAACACAUGCUAAUAGCAAUGAUACUAUACAUAUGUACGAUAAAUGUAAUACUUACACCACAAUCUACAAUCUAAGCUAGCUAAAGUUGCUUUGGAGCUAUAACUAAGAUGAUAAUCUGGCUAGUCAGAGGGAGCAAACAAAUAUCUAGGCCGUUGUUUAAAAAAAAAAUAUGGUUUAAUAUUUCGUAAUAUGUGUGUGAACCCAUAAUUGGGUCUAAAGUUUCUUAUCUAUUAUAAUAGAUAUAACAAAAAAUGUAUUUUUGGUUAGGGCUUUCAACAAUAUUCUU